AUGGAUAACAUGGUGGCAGUUGACUUAAAAUAUAAGCACACUCUGGUAAACAACCACCAUAAAACAAAGUUCAGUGGAACUGGUGUACUAACAACCUAUAAUGUUCUGCUUGAAAUCUCAAGAAUUUUGAAUACUGGCUUAGAUAUGGAAACUCUGUCUAUUUGCGUACGGCUUUGUGAACAAGGAAUUAACCCAGAAGCUUUAUCGUCGGUUAUUAAGGAACUUCGCAAGGCUACUGAAGCACUAAAGGCUGCUGAAAAUAUGACAAGUUGACUUUCUGGAGAAACUCUGAUGAGAUAUGUCAAGCUCUGCAAGAGAAUGUGAAGAUAGCAUUGUAGUCAAGAAUGUAAAAUGAAAUUACUGCAUGCAGCAGUGUAAAAAAAUUUUCCUUUUUAAAAGAAUUAUAAAAACAUAGCUUUAUAAAUCAAUGGAAAGUGGCUUACCGAGAGAACUAUCGAGUGUGUUUACAUCACGUCUCAUUCACUUUUUUAAACAGCUCUUAUGCUUUGGCAUUUCUCUGUUCAUAUUUACGUAUUCCUUGUUUAUAUCCCUGAUAGCUUUAAUUUUGUAAGCAGUCUGUCAGAUGUGCACAUCUGCUGUGCCUGGUUGAAGUAUAGUGGAAUCCGUCAGUAGUGAUGUGUGGUAGUUAUGACUUGUUGACAUUUCCAUUAUAAACUCUGAUUUUGAAUUGUUUAUGCAUAAUAACUGUGGAUUUAUGUUGUAUUGGACUGAAAGUUGACAGGGUUUCAGCUACCAUUUGUGAAUUUUGAUUUAGAUUCAUUAUAAUAGAAUCUUGUUUUUUAAAAUAAGAGCAUGGAAAACAUUCCUUGCAAUCUGCUCUUUAACAAAGAAUAUUUAGUUUUUUAAACAGUUUGUUGGGCAGCUAAUAGUGUGAACCAGGUCAUUUUUGUAUUGAUUGAAAAACUUUUAGAAACUUGGAUUUUAAAAGUAAUAACAUUGCUUAAGCUUAGUGCUACUUGUAGUUUGAAUCAUUUAAAUCUAUUAAGACUGUUAGUUGAGAAUUAUUUUUAGAGUUUUAUACCCUAUUAAUGAAAGCCUAAACAGAAAUGUAUAAAAUGAAACAUAACCAACAUGCAAAAUUCCUGCUUAAUUUUAUCACAUAAAAGUACUUUGAGUGCUUACCUAAUAAAAUCUUGAGUGGUUAUUUAAUAAAGUAGAUAGGUGGUGUGUGUCAAGAGAAAUUUAGUAUUUUCCAAAGAAAUAAGGAUGUCCAUUCAUUAAACAAAACUAAAUAAUCAAAUGUUCUGUGUUAAGAAUUAUAAAUAUGGCUUUUCAAAAUCAUUUCGUGUGUUAUUGUUUUUACCCUUAGAGCUUUCCUCAUCAAAGUAUUGAUUCAAAAAUUUUUAAAAAUUUAGGAUAGUAUUGAUUCUAUCAAUAUUAUUAUAAUAUAUAAUAUUGUUCCUGUAAUAGAAUCUCAGUAGAGGUUUUUUUUUUUUUUUGCAAGACUGACAUGGAUUUAAUCUGAUUUUAUUACAACAGUGGCACCUACUACUGUUUUUCAGACAAGCUGAAGUGGUUUUAUUAAAACUUAGUAAUUUAAAUAGUAUCCUUCUUUCCUUUUUUUUUUUAACCAAGGCUUUUGACCGUUUUGACUUUUUAAACAUUCAGCAUCUUUACGAAGUGAGCUGGAAGAUCUGUUAGUGGCAGAACAGGUUGGGGGAGAGUGAGAACUGUGACAAGUCAUUUGAUUGAUAAUAAACAUUGCAAAAACUGCAUAUUAUUUAUAAAAUCAUAAAGAAAACACUUUUGUCAAACUCCAAAAUUUGUGUAUACUUCCAGGCCAUAAGAGUUGACAGUAUUAUUUAUGACUUUGCAGAUUAAGUUAUUUAUGUAUGAAACAAAGCAGGAAAAUAUAUUGAGAAGGGAUUGUGUUUACAGAGAACUUCUUUAAUGUGUCACAUUUUAAAAAUGUAAACAUAUAUUUUUAAUGCAUACUUAAGUAAUAUUUAAGGAACCAAACAAAAUAAUGAUACAAUUGAGGUAUUGUGCUUGUUGUAAAUGACAAAAAUAAAACCAUUUUGGUGGAA